UACUAAAUGUUGUAUGUUUCCCCAUCGGACUAUUUUUCUUGUGGCACACAGGUCUAGCUUUUGGAUUCUUCCAACAUGUCGAGCUCGUACCGAAGCAGGAUCCAGGAAUUCAAGGUGGCCUUGAGUGAAGAGAAGCUAGACUUGAAUGCACUCCGGGAACUUUGCUUCAGCGGUAUCCCAUUUGAAGGAGGCAUCCGUGCACUUUGCUGGAAAGUCCUUCUAAACUACCUGCCUCUGGACCAGACGAUGUGGGACUCCUUUCUCAAAAAGCAGAGGGAGGGUUAUUCCCAGUUCCUGAAGGAGAUGAUUAUCCAGCCCGGCAUCGCUAAGGCCAACCUGGGCCUCUCCAGAGAGGACGUGACCAUGGAGGACCACCCUCUCAACCCCAGCCCAGAGAGCAAGUGGAACAACUACUUCAGAGACAACGAGGUGCUGCUGCAGAUUGAUAAAGAUGUCAGGCGUCUGUACCCAGACAUGGCCUUCUUCCAGUGGCCCACAGACUACCCAUGCCAGCUGAUCCUGGACCCCCAGAAUGACUAUGAGACCCUCAGGUGCCGUGUGGAACAGACCACCCUCAAGGCCCAGACUGUGGACCGCAACCGCAGCGGGGUCACCAAUGUGAGCUCCCCGGGCAAGGCCCUCAACCUGUACCCUUCCAAUGAGUACGAGGUGCUGCCCAAUGGCUGUGAGGCCCACUGGGAGGUGGUGGAGCGCAUCCUGUUCAUCUACGCUAAGCUCAACCCGGGCAUCGCCUACGUGCAGGGCAUGAACGAGGUGGUGGGACCCCUCUACUACACCUUCGCUACCGACCCCAACGACAAGUGGAGAGAGCACGCUGAGGCGGACACCUUCUUCUGUUUCACCAACCUGAUGUCGGAGAACCGGGACAUGUUCAUCAAGAGUCUGGACGACUCACAGUGCGGCAUCACCUACAAGAUGGAGAGCGUCUACUCCAUGCUCAAGGAGAAGGACAUGGAGCUCUACAUUAAACUGCAGGAGCAGAACAUCAAGCCUCAGUACUUCACCUUCCGCUGGCUGACCCUGCUGCUGUCUCAGGAGUUCCUCCUGCCCGACGUCAUCCGCAUCUGGGACACGCUCUUUUCCGACCAGGACCGCUUCAACUUCCUCAUCCUGGUCUGCUGCGCCAUGCUCGUACUGAUUCGAGAUCAGUUGCUGGCAGGCGACUUCACGAUCAACAUGAGACUGCUGCAGGACUACCCCAUCUCAGAUGUCCACACCAUCCUGGCCAAGGCCAAGCAGCUUCAGGACGGGUCAUAGCCACCCCUACCUCCCUUCUCCCUUCCUUGGUUGGGGAGGGGAGGAUGCAACAUUAAACUGAUAACCCUGGGCACAACAAAGGAGGGAGAGGAAGACACCUGGCGCCAGGUUUGGUACAAGGUUGGUCGGAGCAACCAAACUCGGUACUUAGGCUUGUCAUCUCACUCUCACGGCCUGACAGUUUUUCCACUGGGAGGGUGUGUGGCCUCAAGCUAUUUAUUUUUGCACUGAACACUUGAAAAAAAGUGUACAAAUCUGCAUAUAUGAAGCAGAGAAACCACAGUAACAAUUACAACAGAAGCAUCAUUAUAAAGUCUGCCAGGGCGAAUAUCACACUCCCAGGUUUUUUUUAGGGUAUUUCUUUUUAGUGGGUUGGGAAUAACUUUUUUUUUUUACUGUCAAAGUGAAGGUUUUUUAUUUUUAUCAUUAAGAUGAAAUAUAUUACUACCUUGUAAAGACUAACCACAACAACAGCAAAAAAAAUGUUGCCACAGGGUUUGCUUUAAAGUAUAGAUUGUUAUGACAUUGGGCCUCAACGCAAGCAUCCUCUCUCUCUGUUUUCAUGACCGUGCUCAGAUAUUUACUCUACGCACAUGAGCUACACGUCUGGACAGUUUAUAGCUGGAUGUAACCUGAUUCCGUGUCUAUGGAGUCGGCAAUAUUAAUGUAUGUUUGCUGUCAAACCAAUGGGAUGUGAAACUUUUUUUUGUUUAUUUCUGUGUGUCAUGUAGCAGAAGCUCUUAUCCAGAGCGACUUACAGGUGCAAUUAGGGUUAAGUGCCUUGCUCAAGGGCACAUCGGCAGAUUGAUCACCUAGUCGGCUUCUGAAUUCGAACCAGCGACCUUUCGGUUACUGUCCUAAAGCUCUUAACCACUAGGCUACUUGCUGUCUGACCCACUAACCUAACUGAAAUUGAUACCUUGAUAACGAUGAUAUGGUUGCUUUUGAUGUGAGGGCAUUACUAAGCAAACAAAUCAAUCCAAUUAAAUUGGGCAUUCAUUUUUUAAUAAUAUAUUUUGACCUAUCUCUGGUCGCAUUGAGUGUCCAGAAUAAACCAGAAUACAUUAAACAUGAAUGACGUCUUGUAAAUGAAGCAUAACACAUUUUGCUCUGCAUACUGUAAGAUUAUUACAGAGAACAAAUGAUUGAUAAUAGUAGCAGAAUAUUUAUCAUGGAUAAAUGACUGACAUUGAAAGGCUAUGAUGAUAACAUUUAUGUAUUCACAUAAUGGAGUUGACAGAUAAGAGUUGAAAAAUUAAGGAGUUGAUUACUUAAAAUCACUAUGAUUGAAUGUUAUAGAUUAUUUUAUUUUUUAAACGCUAACACUUACCACAAAGCUAAGACACCCUUGAAAUGUAUUUACCUUUUCAAACAGUAGGACCUUCAUAAUAAUGUGAUACUUUAAAGUACACAGAUAAUGACUUGCUUUGUUUUCAUCAAUAUUGUGAGAAUGAUACAACAGUUACCUUUUUACUGUUUGCUUUUCAGUUUUAUUAGCAUUCCCUAGAAAUUCCAAGUAUCACCAUCCCUUUCAGUGGGAAGAUGGUAUCAGUCUAUAUUCUUUUCUUUUUACAUCUUUUUCUCCCCAAUUUCGUGGUCUCCAAUUGUCUCAUAGCUGCAACUCCUGUACAGUCUCGGGAGAGGUGAAGGCCGAGAGCCGUGCGUCCUCCAACACAACCCAACCAACUGCUUCUUGACACAAUGCCCACUUAACCCAGAAGCCAUCCACACCAAUGUGUCGGAGGAAACACUGUACACCUGGUGACCGUGCACUGCGCCCGGACCGCCAAAGGAGGCGCUAGUGUGCGAUGGGACAAGGACAUCCCUGGCAGCCAAACCUUCCCCUAACUCGGACGAUGCUGGGCCAAUUGUGCACCACCCCAUGGGUCUCCCAGGCCGCGGCCGGCUGCGACAGACACUGGACUCAAACCCAGAAUCUCUAGUGGCAUAGCUACUGUUGCACUGCGAUGCAGUGUCUUAGACCACUGCGCCACUCAGGAGGCUUCAGUCUACAUUCUAACACUAUUUCAGUAGCGAGAUGGUAUUAGUCUACAUUCUAACACUAUUUCAGUAACAAGAUGGUAUUAGUCUACAUUCUAACACUAUUUCAGUAGCAAGAUGGUAUUAGUCUACAUUCUAACACUAUUUCAGUGGCAAGAUGGUAUUAGUCUACAUUCUAACACUAUUUCAGUAACAAGAUGGUAUUAGUCUACAUUCUAACACUAUUUCAGUGGCAAGAUGGUAUUAGUCUACAUUCUAACACUAUUUCAGUAACAAGAUGGUAUUAGUCUACAUUCUAACACUAUUUCAGUAACAAGAUGGUAUUAGUCUACAUUCUAACACUAUUUCAGUAACAAGAUGGUAUUAGUCUACAUUCUAACACUAUUUCAGUGGCAAGAUGGUAUUAGUCUACAUUCUAACACUAUUUCAGUAACAAGAUGGUAUUAGUCUACAUUCUAACACUAUUUCAGUAACAAGAUGGUAUCUUCCUACUGAAAAAUAGCCUAGACAGGAAUUGGUACAAAUUGACAGUCUGUGACUAGCGAUGGUUCAAUGUGGCUUUAUUGUACUAAAGUGAGGUAGUAAGAGAUACUGUGCUGAGUAUUUUGACACUGAAUGAAAUGGGAACACUCCUAGUUCAAACAGCUUGGCUUGGUCGAUCAGUGUGUCUAUAAUCAUGUCUUGAUCUUAAAGGCCCAGUGCAGUCAAAAACUUGAUUUCCCUGUGUUUUACAUAUAUUUCCACACCGAGGUUGGAUUCAUACUGACAUUGUGAAAAUUAUGACAAUGCCCUUUUAGUGUAAGAGCUGUUUGAAAAUACUUCCUGAAAUUUCAGCUUGUUUUGGUGUGAGGGAGUUUUGGCCUUCCAUGGUGACAUCACCAUGUGGUGAAUUGGUUAAUAAAGAUUUCCAAACCUCUCUGCCAAUAACAGCUAGUUUUCAGUUCCCCCUCCCUAGUCAGAACACUCCCUGACACUCUUAGCCAAGAUCUUGCUUGAGAAAUUGCUCUUUGCUAAGAAGCUAUUUUUUUCUUUUUGAUCAUUUUAAUUUCAAACAAUCACAGUAAGGUACUUAAUUGUUACCUAGAAAUAAUUUGAUACUGGUGUGGGGGAAAACCAGCUGCAUUGAACCUUUUAAUGAAUGUAUAUAAACAGUGACAAAUCCCCCCUUGAAGGUUCAGUAAUGACAAAGAAGGAAAGUCUUGUCUUCCUGUGAUUCACAAACGUUUGUUGUCAAUGAUGAAUGGUUUAUGGUUCUCGAACAUUUUCUCGUUCUUGCUCUAUCACCAUUUUUUCCCUUUACUUUUUUCAAUUUUUCCAUGGCUCUUGCCUUUCUUCCACCUCUUCCUCCCCUCCUUGCCCUGUGAUUUUGAGGGCUUGUCCAGGAUAGGGCUAGCAGCAAGACAGUAGGCCCCCUGCCACAGUCUGCCUGCCAACCGCCAUGCACUGCCAUUCUCCCUUUUAUCAUAUCGCUCUGUUUCUCAUCCAGCAGACAUUCAAUUUGUGGACCACAAACUAUCUGUUUUACAGCUAUAUUGAGACUGUUUUAGAAAGCAGCUCACUGCCUCUGGUCUCAUCUCUGCCAACCGUUUGACGGUAGACAGCAAAUCCUAUGUGGCAAAAAGCUACUAUAAUUGUGGACUUGAGAAUAACAGGGCUAGAUAGGGAGUAUGCAUACUCAUCAUGAAAUAUAAGAAUAUAUUUUGUAAUCCUGCAUGUCGAUGUCUUUUUCUGUAACAUUUAUCCUCUGUUGAAUUUAACAUGGCUGAACAGUCUUUUGUCGUUGUCUGUUAUUCGCACCACAUUGUCCUUGGUGUCAGAUGAAUGUUUGUCAUGCCACUGCUACACAGGGCAACAAUGUAAAUUGUCCAGCGUGUUGUGCUCUGAUUUGACAUAUCCUCCAUUGUCUUAAAAAUCCUUAACGUCUUUGACUAUGUGGAAGGACAACAUUGCAUUGUUGCCAGUGGCGAUUAUAUAAAUCUGUAUAGUGAUUACAUCAGGAAUUUGACAAUGCUAUGUGUAGCCAUAUUCUUCUCUAAGGGCUCUUCUUUGUGUAGUUUCAGGCCCUUUUAUAAUAAAUGCCAAGUGUGCAACAAGUACAGUUUUUACUUUACACCCUUUCCCUGUGUUGCUUUCCCUCAUUUCUCCCAUUCUUCUCCCUCCCUCUUUCUGUCCAUCUCUCUCUCUCCCCUCUCUCUUUUCACUCUCACAUUCUCCACCCCCUCAGUGCUGUGGUUUAAUGUAGACCACAGAGCCCCAGCAUUGUGGGGUUAUUAGUAACACAUGGGGGUGUUUCCUCCAUCCAUAUUGGUUUUGUAAGGUGAGGUCACCAAUGGCUCUGCAUCUGAAAAGGGAGCGGAGCACGCUGGCAGAAGAAACAUGUGGGGGCGUGAAGCAGUGUAAGAGGGGAGAGAAUGGGACACAGGCUCUUCGCUGCAGAGCUCUGAAGUCUGUAGACUAGGCCAGGAAGAAAAACAAUAUUUCGAAAAGUAUUCAAAUAUUUCUGAGGUUUAUAUUGGCAAUGUUUCUGAUACCAACUGCUUCCUCUCGCCCCUUCUGUUUAAUAGCUUGUGAAAUAGGAGGGAAAAGAAAGGUGCCAUGUUUAGGUCAAGUUUAGAUCGAUUGUCUGUACUUUAAGGGCUCUUAACCAAGGGAGACUUAAUCCCAAAUGCAUCUUCCCUGGUGAACUUGAGUGAUUGGCUGAGUUCCAAAGCUUCUAAAUCACUUCCUUUCAAUGUAAUGUCUCCUCCCUCUCCUUAAAGGAAAAUUCCACCCCAAAACUAUCUUUUGCUAUUUGUUUCAUUAGUCCAUUUUUGAGAAAGUUCCAAAAAUGUUUUGCAUGUCAGCAAUCAAGUUUUCAAGAUGUAUAACUUUCAAUAUACAGAAAUACAGCUGGUAUGAUCAAAAAAAUGCAUCACGCCGGCUUUAUUUUAAAAGUUAUAUAUUUUGAAAUCUUGAUUGCUGACAUGCAAAACGUGUUAGCGCCUUGCCCUAGCUCCGACCUCGUGUUCACAGAGCUGAAAGGACUAAACCAUGAAUUCCAAUUUAAUUAUCUCAAUUCAGGUCAUAAAUUGACCUCAAAACCCUAGUAGGGAGUGCUCUACAAAGGUGUAGCAGUACAUUUUGUUGUUGCUUUUUUUCCACUCAUCUCAUGUGCCUGAACAACAAAUGCAAGAAAGAAUGAUUUGUCUUUUUGGUUUACAUUGUGCAGUUUUUUUUUGUUGGGGGGGGUUGUGUUUUUUUUUUUAUCCCCAUUUGCUUUUGCAGAGGCAGCAGCUAUUCAUCCUGGGUCCACAAACAAACAUGACAAGUAACAAAACACUGAUAGACAAGGACAGUCACACAAGGGUGGGAUGGUGAGAAAGCGGGUCAGAAUGAAUGUCUAGCAGAUAAAUAACUUGUCUCCUAACUUAUAUAUUUGUGUGGCGGAAAACACCACUCUUUGGUUAUUAACAUCAAUCUUUACUCUCUCUUUCUAAUGGUUAUCUUAUUGCUACUAUGUAACAUUUGUAUUGCUACCUUGUUAAAUAUUAACCUUGGGCAGCAUUGGUCUAAGGGAUGUUGUAAACUGAAGUAGCUUUUUCGAGCUGGGAUAUGAAGCGUCCACAUCUGAAGUUAUUUUUUAUGUGUACUCUGCUCUAUGUAUUUUCAUCCUGAAACAGUUUAACUCUUUAUGAACCGUGUGUGUUUGUUCGUAUGCAUAAGUGUAUGCUGCGUGUGUAUGCUGCGUGUGUAUGCGUGUCUGUCUGUAUGACACUCUUCUCUUGUUUUUUUGCAUGACUACAUUUUUGUAUGGGUAUAUACAGUAUCUUAGUAUUGGAGUUCUAUACUGGUGUUUACAGUGUUUGCAACUGAACAAUAAAUAUUUCAACGAUGGUA